CAAGAUAUCAGUUUCUGCAAUGAGCCGUUUGUUGAUGGGUACUUCCCUAUGAUGUAAUUUCAUUAGGAAGAAUAGGAACAUUAAUUGAACCACUUUUACCCUCAAUUCACAAAUUUUUUUAGACUUGUUCCUUAAAACGCCUCCUUGGUGCAAGCUCCUACGUGCUGGUUUACAAGUUACAUGAACUAUCAUGUCACUGUUAGGGGCUUAUGAAUCUUAAUUCUAGUAUGAAGGUUUGUGUCGUUUAGUUUAGCCCAACUUCCUCGUGAUCACAAGAUGCUACGCAUUAAGACAUUUGUUUCUUUAAUGAAUGUGGUUUUGAUCUAUAGGUUGCGUACUUUGCCUUGAUGUGUACAAUAAAUGUGUUUAUAUUGCUUACUGUAUAUUUCCUUCUAGUUUUUUUAUUCACUCACUAGUUCAGUUUUCCUGACAGAGGAAGUCUUUACCUGAAUUUUGGCGAGAUCGACAUGUUGUAAGUGUCUCUAUUGUUUAUUUCCCUUGUUUUCGGGCAUCUUGUAUCAGCUUACUGUAUUUGCACCUAAAGUAAUAGUUGACAUGCUAUACAUAUGGAUCAUCGUAUUUGCCCGAUCAAAUGCAACUCACAAGUUGUUAAGAUUGACUUCUGAGUAAGAGGUUUUCACUCUUUCUAUCAAUAAUUGCCACAUGCAGCCUUCUGAUAAUUCUAAGGAGCAUAACUGUAUACCAGAUGAACAUUAUGUUCAAACCUUGCUUGCACAAAAGGGUCUUGAAAGGGAAGUUACAAGGAGGACGUUGACUCAUACAGCUUGGGAUCUUUCCUCUUCCAGAGAACACGAAAGACGAGGAUGGCAUCCUAUAACUUACAAGUUAACUGAUGCUACUCCUGCACUUAUACAAUCCAUCAAGGUAAGAUAUAUUUUCCAUUGCUUAUAUGCUUAUUUUUCCGUUCCAAUACAUUUUAUGGUGAAAUUAGUCGAGCAUAAGCUUUCUGCUCAGUCUCUAAAUGGAUAGUAACUUGGGAUGCAUAUUGAGAUGCUUAACUUGACACAGUUGCUUGUUGAAUUAUUUACAUUAUUUUAAGGAAAAUAUAAAUGAAAACCCUGUGAGAUCAUCUAUAUGUCAUAAGAAAUAUUAGCUUUUGGCAGUAUUAAGAAAAAUCAGCUAAAAUCUUAUACAUUUUACUAUAC